UGUAUACUUCCGCUUAAAAUAAAUAUUUUGGAAGAUGAAACUUCAAUUGAUGUUUUGAUUGAUAUUAGGUUCUAAGCAACACCAUCGCUAGCAUCUAGGAUUUGUAGAGAAGACUGUUUAUGAUGCAAAGUCUGAUUUACCACGGUCGUGCAGCAUGGAGAAUAUACAACCCACUGAUGCUAAAGACUCAAUGCAAAACUGUUUCUCAUCUGCUACAAUAUAUUCUAACUAGAAGUCCACCUCUGUUCAUGAAUAAUAUGAGAACACUACGAACAUUGAACCCUACUGGUGUUAAGGGAACCAAAUCUAUAAGCAUAACUGAAGCAAAUAUUGGUCCAAAUUCUGAAUUUAAUGAAAUAACAGAGUCUGAUGAAUUUAUAGAACAUAUCAAGACUGCAGAAGAUCGUGAAUAUAUUCUUGAGCUCAUUGAGAAUAACUAUGGAAAACUGAAUGAACAACAUGUAUAUGUUAUGCUCAACAGACUCUAUAUCACAGCUAAACAAUUAGAGUCUAGUGAAUUUGAGGAAUUUACCUCAGUUUUACAUAAAGACUCUCGCUUCCAAACACUUUGUGUAUUACUGGCCAAAAAUGGUAGAUUCUACAAUCACAACUGGGUGUUGAAUAUCAUCUCGAGGCUAUCCUUUCUUGGUAUUGAUAGCGACUCAAACGCAAUGCAAGUUUUCCUGCAGCUUUCUAAAUUCCUCAUCAAUGACUUAACAUUGCCUCAGGUUGUCCACUAUGGAUUCAUCUUAAGUGCGUUCAAAGAAAACCAACAUGUCAACGUCCUAAGGGAUGCUCUUAGAAAAUGUGCUUUGUUGAAAUUUGAUGGUGUAGUUGAGCUAAGUUUGAGGCAUCUGGCACAGUUUCUUGAUCAACAUGGGGAGUGUUUAAAUAGAACCCAAUUAGAAAUAGUGAGCCAGGCUAUUGUUGCGUCUAAAGAUAGAUUUAAUGUGCCAUCAUUGCUCGUGAUACUGAAAUCUAUAAGUAGAUUAGAUUUUUACGAUAAAGCCUUAGACAGCUUGUGUACAAGAGAGGCAAUAUCAAAACUAGAUGUACUAUUUCCAGUCUCUGUUUUGGAUAUACUUCAAUGUUGCCUCAAACUUAAUAUGUACCACACAAUUCUUUAUAGAAACAUUUGCCAAAAAGUGAUCAAUGAACAAUGGGGUGUUGAAAACACACUGAAAGUGUGUGACAUUCUAACACAUUUUAGAUUCCGCCAUGUGGGUAUCGUGAAUCACCUUUGUAGCAGCUUGCUAGAUGACAUAAGUGUAUUUGAAGAGCUGACAUCAGAUGAUGUCAGUAUGAUUGUGAGAGUACUGGGUGAGCUGAAUGGGAAAGUGCAGGGUGCGUCAGAAGUGCUUGGCCAUAUUGUUAGCAGAAUGGAAGAUUCACUUUGGGUGGCUUUCUCUGUAGAUCAGCUUGCCAGAGUAAUGAAAGAUCUUGCAAUACGAGGAGUAUAUUCCACUACACUAUUUCAAUGCUUAGCCAUAAAACUACAAACCAAAGAUGUCAAAGACAUGUGUUCCUCCCCCGACAUGGAAGUUGCCAGAAAUUUAAGACAGUUGACAUUCAACCUGUGUUUGUUAAAGAUGGCCGCCAGAGUUGAGCACGGAGAUUUAACCACAAUGAGAAUACCAACUGAUCUGGCCCAGCAGUUUUCCCCAAAGCCAAAUUCCAAAACCUGGUCUAAAAUGAAGAAUCUGAUCAAUUCAUCAUUUGGUUGUGAAACAUUUGUGCGCUCAGGAUUGUUAACAAAGUAUGGUUUAUAUAUAGACAAUGUACUUGUGUUGGAUGGCAAUAAUGACCCUGUUAAUCUUUGGAUGGAAGAGGGAACCAGUCACCUAGUUGGUACAAAGUUUGCACUCAGAAAUAAACAAAGUCUACAUCCAGUGCCAGAGGACCAUAAAGUUGUUGCAGUCCUGAUGUUUACAAAUAGCCAUUUCUAUAAGAAUAUACACAUGCUGAGAGGGAGGUUCAUGUUCUACAUCAGACUCCUCAAACAUAUGGGAUACUCCCCAGUGGUGGUCCGAUACAAUGAGUUGAAGCACAUGCCAGAUGUAGAAAGACAACCAUAUCUCAAGAGACUUAUACAAAAUGCCAGUGAACUCCAAGAUUUCAUUCAAGAAUGAGACAUGUAGAGUGGUGCCAAAUGAUAAAAGGACUACACAGAUUUAAGGCCAUAAGAACUACAUGUAGUUUCUUUAUUCUAAUUGCCUUAGUUGAAAAGUGAACUUUGUGCUAGAAAAAAUUUAUUGCGACUCAAAUGUGACCUCUGUACCACACAUUGAUGAUAUCUUUGGGAGACGACAAAACCACAUUAUUUAAUCCAUCCAGACCCACAGAAGUAUGGAUUAAUAUUAUGAGUGAGCAGAAGUGGUGGAAAUAUUCUACCUGGGAACAAAACCCCUGGAUCAUCAUUGGCUAGUCAUGACUGGACAGGUUUUUUGAAUUGGUUCCAUGGCAUUUUAUUAGUUUCUUUCCACCAAUUGAAAAAAAAGAAAUUCAUCAUGUAAAGAGAUUUAUAGUAUGAUGUGCUUUGUGAAAUUAAUAAAGCAAAA